GGGAGUAUUAUAUAGACUAUUUCAUAUUCCUACUUUCUUUUCAACUAUAGCUCAAGCCCUCAAGCUCCACGAUUAGCCAUCCUCCCGUCCCGCAGCUGGAUUCGAUUCCGCUAGCAUUCAGAUAUUUUAAUACUCUGGAACUAUAGAUUGUAAGAAUAUGUUUCUUUUUCCUUUUCCUUUUCCAUUGCGUUAUGCAUUGAUAAAUCUCGUGAAGAAUUUGAAUUAAUUCAUCACGCUGCAAAUGUGCCGUUUUAAGUGACAAAGAGUAGUUUCUUAUUCUUGGCCUCAAAUUCGAGUUAAUGAGUUACGGAUUUUGCGGUUUGGUGUACUUAUCCUCCAAAGAAAGUCUUCUUAUCGAUGGUCACCAGCUUGCAUAGUAUUUUAGUUUUGGACCAUUUGAUUCUCAUUCAUAUCCAUAUUAGGUUUUAGAUGUAACUGGUUGAAAUUGUUGGUUAAGAGAAGGAAAAAGGGUGCACAUGCUCUAACCUAGCGUUGAGCUGUAUAGUUUGAAAGAAAGAGGAUGUCGGGUCGACAAAUGAAGAGAAUAUUGAAAGAGCAAGAAGAUGCUCUGCAGAAGCAACAAGACAGUGAGGAUGAUUCAGACUCCCCAGACAGUUCCUCCCUUUCUAAAAAAAACCCAUUUGAUAUUCUUGAUGAGGAAGACUCUGAGGAGAAAGAACAACCUGAUAACUAUGAUGGCGUUGGCCAGGUCGAUAAGCCAGAGAUUACUGAGAAAUCGUCUACAGUGAAGAAUGAUGAAAAACAUUCCUCCAUUGUUACAUAUACUAAUAACACAUUCGUGUCAUCUAAUUUGAAAUCAAAGAAAAAGAAAAAUAAAAUCAAGGAGAAGUCACAUUCAGCCACCAGAAAUUCUCAGAAGGGCUUGGAAGAUAUUUUGGAAAACUUAUCUGUCAGAGGAAGUUGUGAAGAUAUAGCGUCUCAUUCAAGAGAAGAAAAAUUGUUCAACUCAAGUGGCAUCAAGAAAUCUUCAAAUCCCAUUCUACAAAUUGAUCCAAAAUUUUUAAGUGCUGAAAAUGAGUUGCGGAGGAUAUUUGGGUCUAAAGUAGUGAGUUCUUUUGAACGGAAUAAUCAAAGCGGAAGUUCUAGACCGGCACGUGGCAGUAGGCGUGGUGGCUCAAAUCACAGGAAGACUAUCCUUGUUCAACCUUCAGAGCAUUGGCCACGAUGGGAUGGCUCUCUUACCAUGGAACUUUUGGGAAACAAUGAUGAUUUCAAUUAUUUCAGGUAUGUACAUUCGGCUUCCUAUAGCCAAGCACAGAGAGCAUUUGAAGCUGCCAAGGCAAUCCAUGACCUUAAUGGCAUUGUCAAUGUUCUCAUGCACCAUCCAUACCACAUAGAUUCCCUUGUCACAUUAGCCGAAUAUUAUAAAUUUUCGGGUGAACUUCAAAUGUCAUCAGAUGCCACAGCUAGGUGUUUGUACGCCAUGGAAUGUGCAUGGCAUUCAAUGUUCACUCCUUUUCAGGGUAAUUGUCAGCUGAAGUACAGCCAUGAAACAAACAGGCCCUUCUUCACUGUACUCUUUUCCCACAUGAAGAACAUGGACAGACGUGGCUGCCAUCGGUCUGCACUCGAGAUUUGCAAAUUGAUCCUGUCCUUGGAUUCCGACGAUCCCAUCGGUGCUUUAUUUUGCAUAGACUACUACUCCUUGAGAGCAGAGGAAUAUUCCUGGCUAGAAAGAUUCUCCGAGGAAUAUAAAAGUGAUAAUUCUCUAUGGUUAUUUCCAAAUUUUUCUUAUUCUCUUGCCAUAUGCCGAUUCAAGCUUGAAAAUCGGGAAGAAGAUGAGGAAAAAAAUACUGAACUGUUGAAAGCGGGAUCUAGUGAUUUGAUGAAGCAGGCUUUGAUGCUUCAUCCUAACGUCUUGAGAAAGUUAGUGGCUAAAGUGCCAUUGAAGGAUCAAACAUUUAGCCGCAUAGUUAAGUAUGGUUUGUUUUCCUCUGAGAAAAGUGGGAGCUUAUCUUCAGAUCAUUUGGUUAAUAUAUAUGUUGAGCGGAGUUACCUUAUAUGGAGGCUUCCUGAUAUCCAGAAGUUUCUCAAGGAUUCUGCCCUUAUGGUGAUUGAAAUGCUGGAUAAGAAGGAAGCUGAUGCUAAGGAUUGGACCUGUGUGAGAAAGGAGGCAUUUUCUUCGGACAAAAAUGAGUAUUCUCAUCUAUUGGUGUCUGAUUUUUCGGAUUUAGUUCCAACUUUGCCACCUGAUAACCUGCAAAAUUUCAUGGUUGACCCGAGAAUGGUGAACAAUGUGGGUGAAGAAGCUGCUAAUCGUCCUGUGAGAGAUCUGUCAAACAGAAACGCACUAGCAGUUCUUUUUGAGUCAAUGUUGCCGUGGGUUGACUAUGGUACUGAACACAUUGCUGAAGAUCACCCACAUGGUCAUGAAGGUUGAGAUGGUCCAAACUACGGGAAAAAGUAACAAAAAAGACAGUUAAUUACUCAUCUUCAAUUAUGGAUUUUAGAUCAUUCAUCUCUCAUGUAAAAUAGGGUGAGUAUUUGCAUAGUAUUAAACUCGGGCAGUCAGACUUGGUUAAGUCGCUUAUGGCUUUGACAGAGACGAAGUCGUCUGCUUAUCGAUGAUGUCUUUGAUGUUGCCAUAGCGUGAGGUUCUUUCUCCGAAACUCAGGCAUGCAACAUGCUCGAAUGUUGUCUUUCCAGCUUUCCCCUUCAUCAAGAAUCUUGUAAGGCUAUGUUUCGAUUUGGGAAAAUGCUGAGGGAGAAGGAAAGAAAUGCUAAAGUGAGUUGAUUUUUUAUACUCCGUAUUUGGUUAUACACUUAUACAUCGAAAAAUGCAAACGGGAAUGACCCAUGCUUAAAGUGCCUUUUUAAGUAUGUUCAAGUUUCAUAGUUUUAAUUUUGAAAAUGAAUUUAAUAAGAUAAUAAACAUUAUUCUCCUGAGUUUCAACUAACGUUCUAUUUUCUGUAUUUCAUUUCAUCCCCCCCCCCCCCCCCCUAUAAUUAUCUCCUUAUCCUUGGAGCUUUUCCAAGUUCCAAAAGGAUCCUAAAUGUGUUCAUAGAUAUUUCAAAUAACCCUGCCUUGUAUUCUCCCAAAAUAAUACUCCGUAGUUAUGUAUGUAUUGUCUUUUUGGACUGUACCA